GAUCGAGCUUCUAGUGCUGGAUGGAUACUGGAAAGCUUCGUUCGGUCGAUUAGUCAUUUAGCAGCGUUCGUUUCAUUCGUUUCUUGUCGAGAGUUAAGUCGAUAAGCUUCGUGGUGUAUCUUUUUUAUUUUCAGUUCCCUGCGUUAAUUCAUUUGGUACAUUUCAUUUUUGCGGUUACUCGUUGUCGGCGAAUGGUCGGUCUUGUUUUUUUGCAAUCUGCAAUCUGUGCAAAACAUUCUGAUGACGUGAGAUUUUCCAACCAAGGGAGGAAAGAAAUUCGCUCACAACAUCACGACAGCUGCGGAAAGAUGUUUGCUGUGGCACUUAUGUUUGUUUAUGUAAUUUGAAUGUGACUGAUUAUUAGUGCAAGUGGUAUCGAUUCUUGUUCGUACAGUGAAUUAAUGAGAUAAAAAAUCCAAAAUAAAUCGAAUAUUUCCGAUGAUAUCGAAAAAUCGAAAUGUGAUAACCAAGUGCUUUGAAAGUUAAAAUUAGUUGAGUGAUAACGAAAUUGUACCGGAAAGUGAUUCUACGCCUCACCGAUAAGUGACGAGCCUCGCAAAUAUUGGAUAUUCGUUGAUAUCGAGAGAAAAAAAGGGAAGGCACAUAAGUUUGAUGGGCUUGAAGCUCAGGUCGUAGACUGCAGGUGUGGAACGGUUCAUUCUGUAGUUUGCGAUAGCUGCAAAGCAGCAGGAAACAGCGAGACAUAAAUUGAAAUUGCGAGAAGCAACGAAUAAACCUCGAAACCUAUCGCUCAAAUUGUUUCAAUUCCAAAUCGGAUUUGUUAAAGGGAUUGAAACACGCAGUCGUGCGCUCAAACGGAAAGAGCGGACGUAAUUGCGGAUUACAUACAUACGGUUUUCGGUUUUCUGCAAGCCAGAAUGACAGUAUGGACUUGAACGGUCGUGUGAAAAGGGAGUAUGUGCACGGUACCUUUGUAGAGGAUUAAAAUUUAUGAAAUUAUUCGAGCUCACUUGGUGGCGGCAGCCAGUGGGAAUAAGCAAAAACUGAUUAGUGAAUUGUGAUAACAGUUUUUUUCGGUUUUGUGCUAAUAAAUUAGAUAGGAUAGGACGAACGGAACAAACAUGUCUGACAUCUGUGAUUUCGAGUGGUCCAACAAUCGAUUCCGACACAAUUUGACCAUCUCGGAUUUGAAAGGCUACAAUAAAAAUGAGCCCACCGAUCGGAGCCGAGCUCUGAUAGCUCUUAAGGAAUUGAUUGGAGCUAGCAUGGAUUAUGCCCUGAAGGAUAAAUCCUGCUUCCAAGACGACGAAUUUUUGUUUCGAUUUUUGUAUGCGCGUAAAUUUAACGUGAAUGAUGCGUUUCAACUGGUGAUCAAUUAUCACGCAUAUCGACAGCGAAAUGGGCCUCUGCUGCAGCGAUUGUCUGUGUUGGAUGAAAACAUACAACUAGCACUCAGAGAUGGAUUUCCCGGUGUUCUGCCGAACAGAGAUAGGAGAGGAAGGAAGGUAUUGAUAUUCCUAGCUGCUAAUUGGGAUUAUUCGUCGUACUCGCUAGUCACGGUGUAUAGAGCGCUGCUUUUAUCAAUUGAAAAGCUACUGGAGGAUAAACAAAACCAAGCCAACGGAUUUAUAGUGAUCGUGGAUUGGACCAAUUUCACCUUCCGGCAAUCGUCUAAUCUAAAUCCGAAAGUGCUAAAACUUAUGAUCGAAGGUUUACAGGACUGUUUCCCCGUUCGAUUCAAAGCGAUACACUUCAUCGGGCAACCUUGGUAUGUCGAAGCGGCCCUAGCUGUAAUUCGACCCUUCCUCAAAGAAAAAACUCGCGAGCGGAUAAAAUUGCACGGUGGUAAUCUAUCCACGCUCCACAAUUGUAUCGCCCGCGAUAUCCUCCCGACUGAACUGGGCGGCGAGGGGCCUACCUUCAACCCGCUGAACUGGUACCAUGAACUACUCGAAUCGAGCCAAAUCUCCACCAAACCCGCGCCAUCGUACAUUCUAAGUCAGCCCCAGUUCUACACCAAAUCACCCCCGCCCCUAGCGACGGCCACUAUCACAACAACGACGACAACCAUGACGGCUGGUUCCGAUUUUCUGAGAAGUACCAAAGCGGCCGCGGUUAAAAUUGGCGUAUUGACAACCAAGGCGAACGAUCCGGCCGCCAACAUGCUGCUCGGGGUGGGGAGUGACACGUGACGCACGCCCGGAAGCCAGGAACAGCGCCUAGUGGAGUCCGAUUCGGUUUCGUGAUAAAGGUUCUGAUCUCAAAUUUCCCCCACACUCAAUCGCAACAAUGCUAGAAAUUUUCUGAACAAGUUAGACUGACGACAGCAUAUAUGUACGUGUGUUUGUGUUUGCGAUUUGAACAAAAAAAACAUUGAUAACGAAGUGUGCCGACGGAACAGCAGUUAUUGGCUUUGAUUUCCCUUCUCUUGCGAAACGUCGAACGAGCUGUAUUCGUAUUUUCAUCUCGCCACUUACACACAAACACGCUAUCGGUCGUAUCAAUCUCAUUACCGGCCAGCAGCGGAUAUGCAAAUUAUCAUAGAAUAUUACACCUAUCGCGCCUGUGAUUGGAAAAAAAUUGCGAAGCCGGGAAUGAUACCGUCAGCAGCCCAUACGGGGUGGUUAGGUUAUGCUAAUUUAAUUAGUGAUAGAACAUUCACUUCAAGCAGACGAGAGACGAGAAGAAAAAAAAACUGAACAAACCUAAAAAAACGAAACCAAUUGAGCUUAUAUCUCCUUGAACUGAUGAUAGAUUAGAUAGUGUGCGUUUAAUCAAUACAGAAACAGCUUUACUAACGAUAAUUAGUAAGUUUCAUGUAAUACUGAACGAGUGAGAGUACGUUCCAACUAUUAUCUUAUAGCUCUUACGACUAAACGAAAUAAAACUAAGCUAGCAUCGAGACAUUGUUGAAAGGUGUGUAUAGCUUCGCGCGCAAAUUUACAUGUAGAUUGUUUCACAGUUAUUCUUAGGGGUUGCAAGCAUUUAGUGCUGUGGAUAAGACAGCACACAGUAACAUUUCGAUUAUUUUUGAUUGGAAAACAGUCCGUCCGUGGGAGGCGAAUCAUGAAUCUAAGUGCAGUACGUUGAUAAUGAUAGAAAUAAAAUACUUAACUGCGUUAAGCGUGUAAGUUAUUUGUGUUUUACAAAGAUUUAUAGUUUUAGGCAUAUCAUUACACACUCAAGUAUUCUCGAA